AUGGGUCUACAAUGUCUGCAAAGCGAAAGACACCACGUUGAAACCAUAGUCUCGUUGCUGAAGAGAAAAAAGACCAUCCGAGAAUUCGAAGAUGUGGAAAGAUUCCAUGCUGCCCUGGACAACAUCCGAAAAGGAAAGAGAGCGGACGCCUCACCUGAACCUGCAGCGGCUGCGCAGGAUGCGCCCUCUACUUCACAAGUGCCGGCGGCGACAUCGGAGGACAGCGAUCCCGAAUCCGAAAGCCUGGACGACCAGAUCGUGCGGCUGGAGAAGCAGUUACGUGAGCUGCGCCAGAUUGCCUCCGCCAGGAUCCAGACUCCACCUAACCAGAAGGAAAGUAGACUUAAGGACUCGGACGUCUCCGGGUCUGAGGAAGCGAUUUUACUAAAGAUGUCUGGUUCUUUCCAGACCAUGUGGCUUCUACUGCUCGUAACAUCUGUCUUCAUCGGACAGUCUCUCUGUUGCAUACCAUGCGACUCCAGAGGGAAAAUGGCUAUGGAAGAAUUCAACACCUUUAUCAAAAGCCAAGUCGAUGACAUUGACUCAAUAGAAGCCUAUGUCAACAUCAAGCGGUUUGCCAAAGUCGCAGAAAAAAGGGUCCUGAACUACCUUGAGGAUGAAGUCGGCAUACUGGAUAAAUAUGCUAUAUCCGAAAUUGCGUCUGAAUAUAAAAAAUCUGUGGACGUCAUCCAGGAUAUAGAUUUUAAGGAGAUCCAGCUUCUUCACAUCAUUGGACUCCAUUUCCAGCGACUCAAAGAAAAGCUCAAGGUUAUCGUCCAGGACUCAAACCAACGGAGGUGUCCAAAUAAACAAGGUGCAGACAGCUGUGGAUUAAUGGUGCAAACCUACAUCAACUGUCAGACCUGCGCCGAGGAGAAGGUUGUCUGCGCCGGGGGCCCUCCAAAAAAUCAAGACUACUUGGAGAGAUGCAGCUGCCUAUGCACCUCCAACAGAUGUUUUGAUCUGAAAACUGGACGGUCCUGCUCUCCAUGUAUAGAUCACAAGUCUCACCUGGCAGAGACUGUAAACUGUGGAGAGAUAAAUAUAAAAAUCCCAGAAUAUGAAGAACUAAUUCUGGACUGUACUUUUGAAUGGUACGCGAGGCUGGAGGACAUCUAUAACAACGUGUUCACCCUACCUCGUGAACACAAUCCCAAAAUCACCCGGGAGCCCUAUCUAGUGAUCAAAGGCGUACAGAUGGGGGACUCCGGACGGUACACGUGUACCACCAUCCUGGACUCUGAGGUGCCAGUGAGUAAGAUCACCUAUAACGUGGCAGUUAUCAGCGAAUCGGAACAGGCGACAAAAAAAUACCAUCCUCGCCCUACACUUCCUGAUGUGCUUGACAUCACAGCGCCUGAGCCGCCACUUCUAGAGGAGCUACAGAACAACAAUGCUUCCCUCAUAGCAAUAUCUGUGGCCGGCUCCGUCACCAUCAUGCUGAUCGCUGGCAUAUGCAUCUGCAUGUUCUGGAGGAAAAUGAAAUCUAGAGAGCCUCUGGAAAAAGAGCCAGUGUGAAGGCGAACCGUCAAGCACCAUCCUGUACUGCCACCCGCCAGGAAAAAAAAACCU